AAACCCGUGUUUGGAUUCUAUGAUAAAAUAUGCUGGAUUGGUUGAAUGGGUCCUUUUUUCAUCCAUGAGAGAUCUUAUGAAAACAAAGAAUGAAAUAACCUUUCAGUGACUUUCUAACAUAUGCUGUUUGCCUUCCUAUUUACAAUAUUGCAAAAUUGCAAGAAAGUAUGUUUUCUAUCCUUAAACAUUGCAAGAAAUUUAAGUUGGCCUCCAAAGUGAAUUUAAGAAUACCAUGAACAUAACUUGCUCUCUUAAUAUCACUUUAAUUUUAACUCUUAAAGACAAUGCUUGGCUUUUGGUAUAAUGUGAUAGAUAUGGCAAUUAACAUUUGCAAAAAUUCACUGUGGUUUACACAGACUUUUUUGAGAAAGCUUCAUUAUUGGGCUUCAGGGCUCCAGCCUCCAUCUUUUUGUAUAGCUUCUUGCUGCAAAUCAGUGGCUAUUUUCACAGAAUUUUGAUAUUCUAUUAAUGAAGAAUAAAGGGGAAGAAACAUCUUAGGUUCAGCAGAUUGAAAAAAUAUUUGCAUUAUCCAUCUGGAACUCUCCGAUCAGUUCAGUGUUGUUGCUGUGACUGAGAUCAACUACACUAGCCUAGUGCAGAGAUCACACCUGGGGUCUUUCUGCUCUCUGGACAUCGACUUCACUUCGGACAUGCACCUGUUAAAAAUGAAGUAUAUUAUAACCUAGCAGAGGGAAACAUAUAUUUUUUAAAUACAGGUACAUAUUAGUUUUUUGAAACAGACACCAAGGCACUAAUUGUACGUUUGACUACCAUCCAACCAUCUAUAAUGUUAAUGCAAAUUCCAGAAAAUCAACUGCUGGCAAGACUAUUUGCAUUUAAACAAAUUGCAAAAGGUCAAACUAUUUGCUGUAUUGUAUUGAUGUAUCCGAGAAUAGGUUUCAGCAGACUCGCAACACAUUCUGCAGUGGUACAAUGUUCUAAUGUGGUUGCUGUAAAUCUUGCUAAUCAAAGUUGCUUAUUUUUGAGAAUAUUAAAAAAAGCCCAGAAGAGCUUUUGAACUAAUUCCAUCAAUUCUGCUGCAACAUGGAAACUAUUCACUCGGAACACUCUAAACGUGUAUAUCAAGGAGUCCGCGUCAAGCACACUGUCAAAGAUCUCCUAGCAGAGAAAAGAUCCCGACAGUCAAAUGUGUCCUUCAAGUAUAAUACUGGAGCUAACUCUUCUCAAACACCGGCUUACGUCCAGAUGUCUGGCUCCCAUGUAAUACCUGGUUAUUAUGGUGUGAGAAGGCCAUAUCUAUCAGAUUCUGAGCUAUCUCAUUGUCAUCCGUCUAAGCAGUACACUGCAGAUGUAUACUCAUCUUCUCUCAGUGGGAAGUCCCUUGGAUGUGAUCCACCGGGUGUCUCAGGGUAUCAACCCCUGUUUGACCCCUACUUCACUGAAACGUUUGGAGAUUACCGCACAUCAACAUUCCCAUCCAUGGCAAAUUCCAUUUUCACGCCACAGGCACCCCCACCUCUCAUUCCACCUUUUCCCAAUGAGUCAUCACAUUUUUUGCUGAGAGAUUCAUGGGAAAGUGUUCCAGACAGUGUCACACAGGGCGAAGGGCUUUGUGACUCCCUCCAGCAAAUGCAGGCAACUGUGAGUAAUUGUCAAUCUUCACACGACCAUGGCCACUCUCUGCCUUGUCUUGACUCCAGCUCUCCAACUCAGUACAGGAGCACCAGCCGGAGCAACAACAUGUCAAGCCAGAGCUCCCAGCCGUAUCCACUUCACCCACUAGAGGAGAUGCACUUUGCCUCCAGUUACCAGGCUGCCUCAGCAUACGGAUGUGCUCCUUUUAUGACUGUACCAUCGGAACUAGCUGCCAAAGUGGUCCAUCUCUCACCUGAAGAAUCUUCUGACAUAACAACCACUUCAAUGCACGAUGUCUCCUCUUGGGGAAAGGAAGACACCAGCAAUACCUGGCCUUUGUAUGAAGUCAGACGGACUUAUUAAAAUAUCUCAUGUGGCAAUUACAUUGUAUAUUUAGCUGGAGGAAGGGCCGUGUAUGUGCUUUUUCAUGCUGUUGUGUGCUUAUCAUAGGAUGAAACUAUUGAAAUAAUCCAUUUCUAAUUUUGCAAUGGCAAAGGAUUGUCAGACAAUUGCUAUCUAUUUCACUUAGUUGUAGUGUGCACUAUCUAUGUUUAAUUGGAAAUGAGGAAAUGUAACACAAGCAUUCAUUUCAACUUUGUUAAAGCUGGCCAUUAACAGGCUAUAAGUUAGUGAGCUGUGGUUUGUGACAGUUAGCCAACUGAGUAACAUCUGGGUGAAUGCAUUUGGUAAAUGAGAAUGUUUAGAAUUAAGAGAGAAAGGAGUAGAUCAUAAACUCCUUGAAUCUGUUCUACCAUUCAAAAUGGCUAACUCUUCUUUCUCCAUAUAUUUCCUUGAGACAUCAAACAACUCAAUUUUGGACAAGAGCAAUCACAACCCUAUCAGGUAGAAAGUGUUGAUUUAUAACUCUGAGUGGUGACCUUUCUCUUUGGCUCAGAUCCCUUCCCCUAAACUUUUGCUUCCAUGCUCUAGAUGCACAGGAAACAACCCAUCUGUCUGCAUUAUCAAGCCUUUCAGAAUCUUAAAUGCUUCUGAAUUAGAUUAGAUUAGAUUACUUACAGUGUGGAAACAGGCCCUUCGGCCCAACAAGUCCACACCGCCCCGCCGA